AUGGCGGCUGUAGGUGCAGUCAAAAAGGAAUUACGGCAAAAGAUCCACGAGGUUCUCAAGAGCUUGCCUCAGGAAUCGGUGGCCGCUCAAUCUGCGAUCGCCACCGAAAAAUUAUGUGCAUUGCCAGAGUACCUCCAUGCAAAGAGAAUUAGCGUCUUUCUGUCCAUGCCAACUGGGGAGAUCUCCACUACCAGAAUCGUUCAAGAUGCACUGUCGAGUGGCAAGGAAGUCUUCAUUCCGUAUACGCACAAGUUGGGCACGGUUCCCAAAGCUUCGAUGAUGGACAUGCUCCGGCUCGAGUCUCUACAAGAAUUUAAUGCGCUUGAGCCUGACAGAUGGGGGAUACCGUCGCUCAGCAAAAGCUCUAUCCCAACAAAGCAAAAUUGCUUCGGAGGAUUGGGGGUUGCGGUUGAUAGGCUACGCAGUGUCAAGGACGACCUUGGGUUGGAUCUAAUUAUUAUGCCCGGAAUGGCAUUCGACAAUAGCAUGAGACGACUUGGUCAUGGCAAAGGAUACUAUGAUCACUUUCUGAAUAGAUACAGUACGGAAAUCCAAGGCUCUCCGCGUGCCACAAAGAGGCCGUUUCUGGUCGCUCUUGCUUUGAAGGAGCAGAUUAUAGCCCCUCCCGAUGAAGUGCCUGUCGCAAGCCAUGACCAGCUCGUAGAUGCGAUCGUCGUCGGCGACGGCAGGUUAUUAAGCUCGUAG